AUGGGCAGUGUGGGUAGCGGAGUGGCAGGGGAGCAGGAGUUUGCCAUGAAAUCAGUGGGCACUAGGACCACCCUGCCCCGCGCUCUGCCCCUGUCUCUCCUUUGCCCUGCCGACCAUAGCUACAGCGCCGAACGACUCCCCCCAGAGACAGUCUCAGAGGGAACCGUGUCUAGUGAUGAAAGAGGAAGUGUUAGUAUUGGUACCGGGACUGGAACUGGGACUGGGACUGGGACUGGAACAGACCGGCCACCGGACUCUGACACAGACCGUACCACUACAACGGCAUCCAACUGUGACCGGGGGGAUCCAUGGGUGGGAUAUGGGAACGGAGCAGGAAGGAGGGAGAGGGAGUGGGAGAGAGAGAGGGAGAGUAGAGGGAGGGAAAUGGAGAGUAAAGAGUGGGAGAGAGAGAGGGAAAGGGAGAGGAUAGAGAGAGAAAGAGUAUGGGAGAGAGAAAGGGAGAGGGCAGAGAGGGAUAGAGACAGGGUAGAGCGGGAGAGAGAGCGGGAGAGGGUUGAGAGAGAGAGGGAUAGAGAGAGAGUAGAGAGGGAAAGAGAGAGAGUAGAGAGGGAAAGAGAGAGGGUAGAGCGGGAGAGAGAACCACAAGGAGGUUUUGUGAGUCUGGAUGUAUGCAGUAACGUGGUGGGACUGAGGGGGAAUGACAGUGGUACUGGGAUAACUCCCCACCAACACAGAGAAACUGGAGAGACCAAAACCGACAAUCACAACAACCCUCCAACCCACAACCCACCCAAAAUCCUGCCUGUCUCUGGCAAACUAGAGCAGGUAUGUUCCUCUUCUCAAACAAGUAUGUGUGUAGCUAUAGGGUCCUGCGGCUUAUUGGCAUAUUGGGUUAGCUCACAAUUAGAUCACAGCAACACACAUACGCUGCUGUAUCAUUAUAUCAUUGCAGUUACAUUAUGACUUCAUAAUUACACUGUUACGUAAUGACUUUAUUUUCUUAUAACAGCUGAUGAAAUAGAAUUUGACACGGUGAAAAGGUCUUACAAAUAACUAUUGGCAUAGUAUUUCAUAAUGAUUUCUAUUGUCUACUAAUUUAAGACUUUAAGGCUUUAAUGUGUUUUUAUGCUAACAGUUUCCUUUCCUAUUUCUUUAUAACUAUCUCUACACAUAUCUCUCUUUACGCAAACAUUUUCUCCCCCUCCAUCUCCCUUUCUCUCUCUGUCUCUUCCUGGCCUUCAACCCUCCAGAACAACUCGGGGCUGGUUCGUCCCUCUGCCUUCAAACCAGUGGUUCCCAAGAGCUUUCAUUCCAUGCAGAACCUUGUUGGCCCAACCAGUGGGGGUGGGGGUGGAGGCGAAAGUAGGGGUGUGGGGGGGCACAGAGAAGGAGGAGCAGGGGGAGGAGAACCAGGGGCAGUCCCAGAGGCCCUCCUCCUAGACCAGGACAGCCCAGGGAGGGGCAGCUGCCGGGCAGAGGGAGCAGGAGGGGGUAAGGGUAACGGAGGGGUCCAUGGAGGGAUGUCAGAUUCGGGGAGGAACUCCCUGACCAGCCUGCCCACGUACGCAGGCUCUGGUUCGUGCUACGGGCCUCAACCGGCCCUGGGGCCUCUCAGUGCUUCUACCAGCAAUAUCAACAGACUAGGGACCACAGCUGGAGCUGCAGUGGCUGUGGACAAGCUGGAGAAACCAGGCUACCAGGUGGGUGCAUUGCUUGCUGCUCCACAAAUGGGAUCUUUUAAACAUAAUGAAAACCACUGCAGUCGACAUCCUUUUAGUGCAGUGCAGUUUACCAGUAGCAAUUCAUAUACAUUUUUUUUAACUUGCUCUGUGUAUCUGCAUUUAUCUAGUUUGGUACACUAUCAUACCAAAGCCACAGCAGGAGUGGACUGUUUAUAAAUGUAUGCGACUAUUCCAGAACGGGCUGAGUGCCUCGUACAGUGACCGCUCCUCUUCAGUAAAGAGCCCCUCGACCUAUCAGAAGCUGAACCACCUGGGGGACACACCAGCACCCCAACGUCCCUCUCCUUCCUCUGAUGACGUCAUCCAAGACCUGGAGGACCGGCUCUGGGAGAAGGAGCAAGAGGUGAGAGCUGAAAGAUCAUUUAUUGGAGUCAAUUUAGUAGAUUUCAUGAAUGUAGCAGUUAUCUUCGGGUUUGUCGCAACAAUCCUUUCCUCCUCUCCUGUCCUCUCUUUCUUUCCUCCUCUCCUCUCCUGUCCUCUCUUCCUUUCCUCCUCUCCUCUCCUGUCCUCUCUUCCUUUCCUCCUCUCCUGUCCUCUCUUCCUUUCCUCCUCUCCUGUCCUCUCUUUCUUUCCUCCUCUCCUCUCCUGUCCUCUCUUUCUUCUCUCCUCCCUGUCAUCCCCUUUCCCAGGUGCAGCACAUGCGUCGUAACUUGGACCAGAGCGAGGCCGCCACCGUCCAGGUGUUUGAGGAGAAGCAGCGCGUGUGGGAGAAACAGAUGGACGAGCUGCGGCAGAACUACGCCUCCCGCCUGCAGCAGGUGACCACACACACAGACACGACUGCAUAAGGUGACCACACAUUCCACAGCAGCGGUAACCAAUAACAGUCCACCAAAUGUUGAUAAUCUCUUCCUCUGUGUGCAGGUGACCCGUCGCGCCCAGCGCUCUCAGAAUGCCCUGCAGGCCCAGAUCACCUGUCUGUCGCAGGACAAGCGGCGUCUGCAGGAGGAGAUAGCUGCCCUGCUGGCCCAGAGAGAGGAGCUGGAGAGGAAGUGUCUGCACUUUAGGAAAGAACAGGCUGACAUACUGCCACGCCUGGAGGAGACCAAGUGGGAGGUGUGUUUGUGUGCGUGUGUGUCUGUGUGCGUGUGUUUGUGUGUGUGUGUUUGUGUGUGUGUGUGUGCGUGUGAGUGCAUGCGCGUGUGUGUAUGUGUGUGCGCACGCGUGUAUGUGCGACGGUGUGAACAGCCUCCCCAUAACACUGCUCUACUAUGUGUAUUUUCUAGGUGUGUCAGAAGGCAGGGGAGAUCUCCCUGCUGAAGCAGCAGCUAAGGGAGAGCCAGGCGGAGGUGACCCAGCGGGCGGGGGAGAUGGUGGCCCUCAGGGGCCAGCUAAAGGAGGCCAACGCCCAGCUUAGGGACCGGGAGGAGGCCAUGCUGGGCCUCAAGAAUUCAUACAGCACCAAGAGCCUGGAGCUGGAGCGCUGCCAGGGAGAGCUGAGGAGGAUGCUGACCGAGGUACCUAUACCCAUACACAUAGAAACCUGUAAGUCUAAUGACACUAGAUUAGUUAUCCUGUCCUUUCAGAGUUAGGGAUGGAAAUGAAACCGGACCAUGCACACACAUAUUGACAUACUCAUAGUAAUCCUCAUUCUCUUUGUCAGGUGUCUAUCCUGAGGGAGAAGCUAGGUGUGUUUGAGGCUGAGGUGCAGGGUCUUAAACAAGCUCUGGGGGAGAUGGGCGGAGGGGUUGAUCCUGCCAUAACCCAAACCCUAGCAGCAUGUGGGCUACUCCCAUCCUGGUGGGCUCUCUACUGCCCCCGCACCCCCUCAGAGCCCUCGUCCACCCCUCUCACCCCCACCUCAGAUGCCCUGCUCAGCCUCCAGAGUGACGAGGCAAAAGCACAGAGGCAAGAGGUGCAGAGACAAGAGAGGCAGCAGCAUGAAGAGGCCCAGUGGCGUGACAUGCAGCUGCGCCAGGAGGCCCAGCAAUGCCAGGAGGCCCACCAGUGCCUGGAGGCCCAUCUCUGUCAGGAGGCUCAUCUCCACAAGGAAGCCCAACUGCGCAAGGGAGCUCAACUUCAUCAGGGGGCCCACUUGUGUCAGGACGCCCACCUCUACCAAGAGGCCCAGCAGCGCCAGGAGGCCCAGUGGGAGGAAUCAGGGAACCUGCGAGAGCAGCUGGAUCAGCUCCAGGGGACCUUACGUCUAGAAGUUCAGCAGAGAGAGCGUCAGGCCCUUAGUUUUGACCAGGAACGACACACCUGGAUUGACGAGAAGGAGCGUGUGCUGAAAUACCAGGCGCAGCUUCAGGUCUGCUAUGUGGAGACCCUACAGAAGAACCAGGCUCUGGAGCAACAGGUGGGACAGCUGGGGGCCAAACUCACCCCCUCCCCCUCAUCCUCCAGCUCCCCUUCCACACCACCAGCCCUGUCAACCCUCCCUCCCCUGCCCUCAGUCCCUCUCCCUGCUCCCAUCGCCCUAACCCUCUCCCCACCGCCUUGUGAGAACAUGAAUGGUCCCCCUUCCCUCCUCCAGCUGCCCCCCCCCUGGGCCGGACCCUCACGCCUAGAGAGGAUAGAGUCCACUGAGAUUUAG